AAUCAUCCUGUGAUCUUCUGCGCAUAAGGCUUCUCGAAGUGCAAGAUCAGAACACCAUCGCAAAUGGUCGGCGAUAUAUGGGCAGAAAUAUGCAUUUACGGGGAUCUCUAUACAUCUUAUAAAGAUAAUAUACCCCGGCCCAUUCAACAAUCGAAGUCCACCCCUCCAAAAGUCAACAAGAUUCAGCAACAGUGUAAACACCACAUGGACCAAACCACCAAGCCAUCUCGAUUGCUUGUUUAGGCAUCGCUUCAAUCAAUCAUACAACUAAGGUCUCGUCCAGAUACUCGGGAGAUUACAGCCUAUUCAUCAGCAGUAUCCCGGCGCAGCAAUGGAUUCGGCGCGCAAGAUCGAACUCCAGGCGCCCGAGGAUCUCGCGUACCUGAUCGCAAACGUCCGACGCGCCGCCACAGCCCGCAUCGACGAGGCGUUCCCACCCGUCGACGAUAGCACCGAAGACGAGCUGCGGACGCGGAUCGAGGAGCAGGUGAACGAGUACAUCAUCAAGACCUUCAGUCUUGCCGCCCCGAACCUAACCAUCAAUGGCCUCCCCGUAGACCCCUCGCAAUUCCUCUCCGAAGCGUCUCUCACGACCUCCUCCGAGCCAGAAGAAGUCUUCGAGCCCUUCGAUGCGCGCAAGCGCGCCCGCGUCGAGGCCCUCACGGCCGAGGAAGAGGAUCUCCUCCGCGACAUUGCGCGUCUGAAGAAGAGUGUCCCGGGGGCUGUUGCGGGUGCUUGGGCCGAGGCGGCUCGUAAAGGCGUCAAGGAAGACGAGGAGGCCCUCGAGAAAGUUAAUGCUCUAGCUACGGCACAAUUCGAGAAACCUACGCCCCCAUCUGAUUCAGAUACAGAUGGCAAGAAGGCAGCGGCUAGCUCUUCCAACGUGCUGGCGAUCACGCCUCUGGAGCGCCAGGACGAUGUCGAGACGAGCUUCGAUGACGCCGUGCGUGGACUCGGCCGUCUGAAGAAAGAGAUGCCGGCUGUCGUCGCGCGGAUGGAGAGGGCGCGGAAGGCGGGCGAAUAUGUUAUCACGGAGCGGUGAUGGCGUGGGACGCGGGAGCUACUGGGCCGUGCGCGAUGGACCUACUUAUCUGUGUUUUAUGAACGA